CGUUCUGGGCACCCAAGGACGUCCAGUUGGUGGGCGCUGAGACUCGUACUUUUCAACUCGGAGACUUUCCUCAGGCGGAGCCCACCUCUUGCCCUCUUGCGCGCGGCAGCUUACAACAGGCUUCCGGCGUGAGGCAUUGUGGGCAGUAUAGUCCUCUCGCAACCUCCCACCGCAUACGCGCGGCUCACCGGACUACGUUUCCCUUCGGCCUGCGCGCGCCCCGAGCCGCGUCGGCUCCAGCCCCCGACGAACCGAGAGUCUCCAAGAUGGCCGCGUGGGGAAGGAGGCGUCUCGGUCCGGGCGGCGGUGGCUCCCGAGAGAGGGAAACAACAGUAUUUGUAAUGAAGAACAUCAAACUCUGAGCUGUAACCUGAAUUGUUGUCCAAAAUUGAGCACACUGACAGCGAGCACAGCAGACAGAUUGCCGUUUGUCCUGCUGGCCUCUUUGAGGCACACUUACCCAUCUAGGAAAGCAGAGCAGGUAUCUGUAUUCUACCACCUGUGUGCCAGCCUGGACCAGCUCUCAGACAGCCCUGCCUGUCCUUUCUUGGGUUACUUGGUGCUGCUCAGAGCCCCUGAGCAUCUCUGAGAUCUUCAUGAUUGUUGGAAUGGUUAGCCUGUCAGCUACAGACUGCUACAUUGUGCAUGAAAUCUACAGUGGGGAGAAUGCCCAGGACCAGUUUGAGUAUGAGCUGGAGCAGGCGCUGGAAGCCCAGUACAAGUACAUUGUGAUAGAGCCCACCCGAAUUGGAGAUGAGACAGCACGCUGGAUCACCGUAGGCAAUUGCCUGCACAAGACGGCCGUGUUGGCAGGUACUGCCUGCCUCUUCACCCCAUUGGCACUGCCCCUGGAUUACUCCCACUACAUCUCCCUGCCCGCUGGUGUGCUGAGCCUGGCCUGCUGUACCCUCUAUGGGAUCUCCUGGCAGUUUGACCCUUGCUGCAAGUACCAGGUGGAGUAUGAUGCCUAUAAACUGUCUCGCCUGCCUCUGCACACGCUCACCUCCUCCACACCAGUGGUGCUGGUUCGGAAGGAUGACCUGCACAGAAAGAGACUGCACAACACAAUAGCCCUGGCUGCCCUGGUGUACUGUGUAAAGAAGGUUUAUGAGCUCUACGCCGUAUGACUGCAGGAGAGUGGGACAAGAAGCAGAAGCACAGGGCCCACAGGACUCAGAUCCUACAGCAACACUGGGUUUUCUCUGUGAAGCAACAGCACCUGGGAAAGUUUGGUUUAAUACUUGUUAUUUUUUUAAGCAAAAAUAACAGAUCAUGGGUGUGCCAGGGGUUUAUUCAGCUCAUUACACUAAGAUGUCUAUUUCCAUAACCCAGGAGUGGCUCCCAGGCUGUGGAAGUCUGACUGAGCAAUGGAAUAUGGAUAGGAGCCAAUGCUACUUUCUGAGGGGUAUGAACUUGAUGUGGGGGUGUCUUAAGUAUAUUGUUUAACUAUACCAUUCAGAAGCCAACCGGAAGCUAUUGACCAUUAAAAUUAUGAGAAUUUCAA